AUGAGAGCCCGAGAACAUGAGCUCUUGGGAGAGGGAUUGCAGAGGUCCAUAUUGCGAGGGACGAGGUCGUUUCAAGAAUCCGAUGUAGAGUUCAUCCUGUUGGACCUGCAAGAUGCAUUCUGUCACGUCGGAGUGCACCACAAUGAGCUGAACGGAACAGCCUUGCUUUGGGUUGCGAUGCUGUUUGGAUUCAAAGCAGCACCAUCGGUCAUGGGACGUCUCAGUGCUGCCAUUGGCAGACUACUGCAGUCCCUCUCCCAUCCUGCAGCUGGGCAAGUCCAGGUCUACAUAGACAGCGUAGCCCUGAUGCUCAGAGGAUCCCCCGAACUUCGGAACCUACAGCUGUCCAAAGUAUUGUGCGUGCUGGCAGCCUUCGGGGUUCAGGUGGCAAUGCCCAAGGGUGAAAGAGGACGGAGAGUCCAAUGGAUUGGAACAACCUUUGAACUCCAUGCCAAGGAGAUCGUUCUGGGCACACCAGAUGCCCCGCGAGAUAAAGGAGACCCUGUCCAGUUGG